AUGCCUCGGAGUCACAAGAGCAAGCUCCAUGCUGGUGAGAAACGCCUCAAGGCCCGACGUGAGACCCAGAGUUGUGGGGGUGCUCAGGUCACAGCAGCAGCAGAGGAGGAGUCCGCUACCUCCUCCUCUCCUCAGUGUGGAGGCAUUACCCAAAGCCUGCCUGCUACUGGGUCAUGUAGCACCACCCAGGAGCCUCAAAGAGCACUAACCACCACCACUACUUCUAUAGGCAUUUGUUACACUAGAUCUGACGAAGCUUCCAAUGGCCAAGAUGAGGAUGGGGUAUGUGCAUAUGAGGUCCCACCCUUCACUGAGAGAAGUGACUUUUUAACCAGGAAGGCUGGGUUGUUGGAGCAGUUCCUUCUGUACAAGUAUAAAAUGAAGCAGCCCAUUCUGAAGGAAGACAUGCUGAAGAUUAUCCACCAAAACCACCACGACCGAUUUGCUGAGAUUCUCAAGAGAGCUUCUGAGCGCAUUGAGAUAAUCUUUGCAGUAGAUCUGAAGGAAAUCGAUUCAACCAGGCAAUGCUAUGAUCUUGUCAGCAAAUUGAAGCUCCCCAACAAUGGGAGAGUGCGUGGUGGCAGGGGGCUACCCAAGACUGGUCUCCUGAUGAAUCUCCUGGGUAUGAUCUUCAUGAAGGGCAACUGUGCCACUGAGGAAGACAUCUGGAAAUUCCUGAGUAUGAUGCGCGUAUAUGCAGGAAGGAAGCACUUCAUCUACGGGGAGCCGAGGAAGCUCAUCACCAAAGAUUUAGUGAGGCUGAAGUACCUCGAGUACCGCCAGGUGCCCGACAGUGAUCCUCCACGCUAUGAGUUCCUGUGGGGCCCUAAAGCGCAUAUUGAAACCAGCAAGAUGAAAGUCUUGGAGUUUUUGGCGAAGGUCAAUGAAACCGUCCCCAGUGCCUUCCCAAUUUAUUAUGAAGAAGCUCUGCGAGAUGAAGAAGAGAGAGUUAGGGCUGCAUCUGUGGUAUAUGGAGGUUCCCAGGCUAGGCAUGCAUUUUACAAUCAUUUGGGCAAUUUACAACUUUCCUAUGCUCCUCCUGCUUGCACAGAACCUAAAUGUGAGCCUCAGGGUAUCAUGUGCAGAGGUCUUGCCUCCAGCACUGUAAAUCAGGGUUCCUAUUAUGAAAUGACCCUGCCUCACACCUCGAUUUGGUGUACCGUGUAUAGAAAUGCUGCACCUGGCACUUUGAUCUGGAGUGCCAUGAGCAGCACAGCUGUGUCUAACCUGCAAGAACUCUGUCCCCUCUCUGCUAACAAGAACUGUAUAAAGCAGCCCCACCAACCACCUUUCAGGGAGACCAUGUACUCUAGAGAGUGA